AUGGUCGCGUCCAACCGGCCUGGCCGGACGCAACCGUGUGCGUCCGGCCCAUCUGGAAAAUGCAAAGCUAUUGGCCGAGGCUUCUUCUCAUCAUCACAAUGCAACGAUAACUGUGGCUACGAACCUGCACCAAAUUGCAAAAGAUUCCAAUGUGCUUCGUAUGCAGUGGUUCAUAGCCAAAAAGAAUUCGAAAUCCGAAAAUACGACGAGGCUUUGUCGGUGUCGGCUCCGAGUGUCACCAUGGAUGACUACAAAAGUGCUGCAAGUAAAGGUUUCCUAACCUUGUUUAGGUACUACAAUGGCUACAACACAGAAAGAGUGAAAAUCAACUUGACAAUACCUGUCCUCAUCAACGUCAAAAACACUUCGUACAACGUUUAUUUUCGCGCGCCGAAAGAAUACCAAAACACGACAAAACUUCUACCUAAGCCCACCGACAAGAACAUACAACAAGUGACAUUGCCUAAACACAAAUUUGCUGCUGUUACAAGCUUUGGCAGUUGA